AUGGCGGCAGUCAGGGCUGAGGAUAGCAACACGUACUGUUACCGGAUUCAGUAAAUACAGCGAGGAAGCAGUUACUGGGGACAAAGGCCGCUUGCUGUCGGAGGGCAGGCGGGUUAAUCAUUAAUGUCCUGGUUAUUUGUGCCGGCAGUGCGUUGGACAGCCCCGCCCGGGGUCCUUGCGGGGGUUCGUCGCGGCUGCUGUGUAUGAGGUCCCCGGUGGAGCGAGAUGUGCGGCUGGAAGUACCGGUGACAGCAGGAGAGAUGGAGCUCGGGGGGCUGCUCGGCUCCGGGAGGCUGCGGCUGCUGGUCUGCUUCCUGGGGGUCUUCGUCUGUUACUUCUACUAUGGCAUCUUACAGGAGACCAUGUGAGUGCCCACUCAGCCUCCACUCACCCUGCCUGGGCUGCCUCCCACACUCAGCUUCCACUCACCCUGCCUGGGCUGCUCCCACACUCAGCCUCCACUGCUCCCACACUCAGCCUCCACUCACCCUUCCUGGGCUGCAUCAAGACUCAGCCUCCACUGCUCCCACACUCAGCCUCUACUCACCCUGCCUGGGCUGCAUCAACACUCAGCCUCCACUCAGCAUCCACUCACCCUUCCUGGGCUGCUCCCACACUCAGCCUCCACUCACCCUGCCAGGGCUGCAUCAACACUCAGCCUCCCCUGCUGCCACACUCAUCCUCCACUCACCCGGCCUGGGCUGCAUCAACACUCAGCCUCCACUGCUCCCACACUCAGCCUCCACUGCUCCCAUACUCAGCCUCCACUCACCCUUCCUGGGCUGCUCCCACACUCCGCCUCCACUGCUCCCAUACUCAGCCCCACACUCAGCCUCCACUGCUCCCACACUCAGCCUCCACUGCUCCCACACUCAGCCUCCACUCACCCUGCCUGGGCUGUUCCCACACUCAGCCUCCACUCACCCUGCCUGGGCUGCAUCAACACUCAGCCUCCACUGCUCCCAUACUCAGCCUCCACUCAGCCUCCACUCACCCUGCCUGGGCUGCCUCCAUAUGCCUAACAGGAGGAGACAUCAAUUAUUUAAAGGGACUCUUUAGUCACCAUAACUACUACAGUGUUGUCUAGGUUGGAAAAAAGUCCAUCAAGUUUAAACCUCAAACCCAUUCUUUUAUGCUCUCGAUACAAAAGAAGGCAAAAUAACCCCCAAUUGUAGCAUUUUCCAAUUUUUUCACUAAAAGGGAAGAAAUGCCUUCUUGAUUCUAUAAUGGCAAUCCGAUUUCUCCUUCUCAUACAUAUCAAUUAUAUUCUUGAAUUGGGGUUAUAGUCCACAAGAGUCUUGUGGCUGUACCCCAUGUUUCUGGCAAACUAUUGUUGAGCAGCAUCUUGGCUGAUUUUGUAAAUGGAUUCCGCAUAAGCUGGCCAAGUUUAAGUGGCAGCAAUUGGUUGACUGCAGUAUUUACCGACUGCGAUGUGUAGACUAGACGGCAUAGAGUGGAAGUCCAUUUAAGCAUUAACCAAGUUGUAUUAGACUGAUUUGUACAGGGGGCAUUAUUUGCGUAAAAGCAGGUAGGUUAGACUUUAGGUACUGAUUAAAAACCGUUUAAGACAAUGAACUGCAGUGGUUAUGGUGCUAAGAAUACCCCUUUACUGAAUUUGUUUCAUUAUUGCAACUGUGAACUCAGCAUACUGCAUGCCAUUUUUUUUUUUAUGUCCUGCAUUGGUGAUUGACAUAUGUUAUGAAAACAGUUGAUUUGGCAACUCUAUCUCAAUACAUAUUUAUACAUGCUAAACUUACCCAUUUGCAGCAAACAGUGAGACAACUUUCACAUCUCCCAGUGAGCUGACUGCACAUGUCUGUGGCUUGGAUUAUUAUUAUUAUUAUUAUUAUUAUUAUUAUUAUUAUUAUUAUUCGGAGCAUUGGGGAGAAGGAGCUAUCUACGUAGUGAUUGCAAUGUGUAUGCUCUACAUUCAAAACUUGGACUGAUCUUAGAUUGUUAUGGGGGAGUAAGAUUCAUUGUUUGACAUAAGAUCCGGCCAAUCACUGUGGUUAUAAACUACUCUGGGACAGAAGAAUGGAUGUAGGCCACUCUCUCCGCAUUAUAACUGUUGCUGUGUCAUUUUAAGAAUGUUUUAAGCAACUGAAUGUGAAGUCUUACUUGUGCGUGACCUUUGACUGAAAGUCAAAGUGCCUUUCUAUGUAUAGUUUAUAUUAUCCCAACCCAGUAACCUGAAACACUGGUUUUGUUUUGCAGAACACGUGGGAAGUAUGGAGAAGGAGAGAAACAGGAGAGAUUUCAUUUUGCUCUGUCACUUGUUUUUGUCCAGUGCAUCGUUAAUUCUUUAUUUGCCAAGUUUUGUAAGUAAAUCAUAAUCUGACUUUUUCCAUCUUGCCUUCUGUCUCUGUAGCCGCAUGCUGAAGGAUUGUAAGUGUAUCAUUAUAUGGUACAGUGAUAUGCAGUCUUCUGCAUGCUAUAAAAAAAAAAAAAAGUGUGUCCGAUUUGUAAUUUCUCUGAGACCUACUAUUCCAAAUGCCAUUGGUGUAAUUUUCUGUUUGAUACUGUCUCUACAGUAACCCACUUCUUUGAGUCUGGGAAGGCUGACCGCACACAUAGCUGGCUCUAUGCGGCUUGCUCCCUUUCUUAUGUUGGUGCUAUGGUGUCCAGCAAUUCUGCACUCCAGUAUGUCAACUACCCAACACAGGUGAGAAUAAGAAAUAUUCCUUGCUUUCAUAGUACAAUAUUACACAGUUAUACAUAAACUGGGGAGGGAGGAUAUGGUUAUGAAAGGAAUACCCACAUUGCGUUCAUAUUUCUGUCAUGAUGCUUUGUUGAAUAUAUAAGGGUUCUGGCACUCCGGGAACGAGCUUGAUAAAGACCCGGUAGGGUUGAAACGUUGCUGCUUUAGCCCCAAUAAAGCUGCUAGUUUUGUUAUCCCGGAGUGCCCAAACCGUUAUUUAUUCUGCAUUUCUUGGACGGGAGGCCCAGCCAGCCCUGGCUUCAGAGCACGUGGGUUAUCUGGUGAGUGCAGUAUCCAGUACGUCUCUACUAAUGAUGCUUUGUGUUCACAUUUUGUGAUUGAUAUUAUAGCACAGUAUAUACUACUUUCUGUAUAUGGAUAGAUGUAGAAUUUGCUGUCCCUUACAGAAAACAAUAUUCGAGAUGUAUUAUCCUUCUAAAUAUAGGAAUGCAUAUUUAAACUUUAUCUCUCAUUCUUCCUAUCUGAAAUAUUGGCACCGAGCGGCUUAUAUCUUCUAUAGCAGAACAUUAAAAACUUUCAGACUUGAUAAGUAUACACAUAAAAUCUAGAAAUAACGCAUUAAAAAGUCAACUUUUUUUUUAAUGUCUGUUUCUGCAGGUCAAUACAGGUUAAUAACAAUUAGCAGUAGUCACAGAACUAUCCUUCAUUGGUAUCCGGUAGGAAGCUGUUCACAUACAAUAUAUCUCUGUAAAAUCAGUACACUAUACAGAUGUAGGCUACCUGAUACUUAUCUGAUCUACAAUACCUUUUAUCCUAGAAACCGUUUUAAAAGGAACAUUCCAGAAAUCAUUAAUGGUUUGACUUCUUACUAUUUAGGGGGUAUCAGGGCACUCCUGUCACUACAACCACGACAUGGAGCUAUUUUUGGUGCCUGGGGUAUUCCUAGUAACAUUUCUGUUUCUUUGCUGUUCUUUCGCGGCAGGUGAUGUGCUGGGACAGUCACAUAAAACUGUGCCCAGAUGACGAGUGACUGUUGUGCCAUGUCAUUGUUUGUAGAUUAAGAGUCGUACACAGCAUUAACCAACACACAGCAUUAACCAACACAGAGAAGUGCGACUUAUAUCAAGAAAUGUGUGUUUACAGCUUCUGUGCUCAUUCACAGUAAUUGUGAGUGAGCAGAGAGACUUAGUAGUUUAUAAUCUGUCCUAAUCCUCUCUUCCCAUGAAACAAAUAAAACUCCUUGGUUACUAUAUAACCAAAACGUGUAAUUGAGCUAAAGAGACACUAUAGUCACCAGAACAACUACCGCUUCAUGCAGUUGUUCUGGUGUGUAUAGUAUGUCCCUGCAGGCUUUUCAGUGUAAACACUGCCUUUUCAGGCCUAGGGAUGCCUCUAGUGACAUUCACUCAGAUGGCCACUAGAAGUGCUUCCUGGGUCAGUACUGUACAGUGUGCAUCACUGACUUUAAGCAACCCCACACUCUACAUGGAGGAGUUGAACGCUUCUAUAGAUAAUGAGGAGAUGCUGAUUGGCGCCACACAUGCACAAUAGCCUCCCAAUGCUCUCCUAUGGGAAUGUAUUGGAUUAUUAGAUCUCAUCAGUUCUGAUGAUCUCAGCCAAGGAGGCGGAGGAGCAGAGCCAGCCGUGGCGGACCCUUUUGCGGGUGGGUUUUAAACACUAUACGGUCAGGAAUACACAUUUGUAUUCCUGACCCUAUAGUGUUUAUUUAACUUGUUAUUUAAAAUGCGGUACCAUUCAUUAUAAGUGUAUUCAUCAGUGACGGUGAUGAUGAGUGAUAGAAAGAGGGUUAGGAGUGCAGAGGUGUCAAUAAAUUAUAAGAGAAAAUUAAAAAAACAAAAAUUUUUAUAUAUAUAUAUAUAUAUAUAUAUAUAUAUAUAUUCCAAGUUUUUCUAUUUUGUUUUAUGUUUAACAAGUGUGCUGUAAAUGAGAGAGAGGAAAAUGUCCAAUAAACAAAGGCAAACUGGGGGUGGGGGGUGCUCUUGACCUCUGUACAAAACAGCCCUUGUCAUAACUGGGUUAAGCGUUUUAAGACAUCACAUACGGGGAUAGGGGUGCAAGGAUGGCUUGGAGAGUUGACCACACUUACAUGAUAUAUAACUUGUUCUGCUGUCUUCUAGGUGUUGGGGAAGUCCUGUAAACCUAUACCAGGUGAGUAGAUAAUGCAAAAUUUACAUUCCUCUGGACUAUAAUACUUUCUAUGUUCUUUUUGACUGCUCUCUUUCCCUCCACCUCUUUGUCCACAAUCCCCUCUUUGUUCCCACUGUGUAGACUAUGGGUGUCAGUUGCUGCCGAGAAUUCUGUGAAAGGCCAUGUGUCUCCUAGACUGUCAGAGCAUUAUUCGCAUGGAGAAUUAAACAAUCUGUAUAGUGUCAGCAAAACUUUAUCCUAGUGUAUAGAACAAAAGAAAAAAAAUAGGUUUCUUAUUUGCUGGUACCAAGUGACUGACAUCACCAUCUUUAUGAAAAUUAACUGCUACAGUGUAGAAUCAUAGUGUGGUGAGAAGCAAUAGUCAGAAUCCCAACACAUAUCUUUGAGUGUUCCUUUAAGCCUGGGGUAGACAUUCUUCGGCACUCCAGAUGUUGCACACUAUAUCUCCCAAAAUGCUGGCAAAGCAUCAGGGGAUAUGUAGUUCACAACAUCGGGAGUGCCAAAGGUUACCUACUCCUGCUUUAAAAUUAAGAAAAUCAAAUUAAAUUUAAAAUGAAGUGGGAAUAUUAUUGGUCCAUAUUUACAUAUUUUGAAUUGAUUUUCAAGUCUGCUUUAUUGUGUUUAAAUAAAACUGCAUGAUCACUAGGUACCCAUAGAAUACAUAGGUGGUUUGUGUUUACAAAGUGAAUGUUUUUGUUUUUGUGUGGGUUUUUUUUUUGUUUUUUUUGCUUCUUUCCAUUUUCCGAACACUAGAUCAAUGUCUGUCUUUCUCUCUUUUCCUUUCUCCAACAUUUCCUUUUUUAAUUUAUUUUUUCUUGCAAAAUUACAGGUAUGUGACAUCAUCACCUAUUGGGAUGAAUCACUAAAGUGAGCAAGGUCUUGAAUUCAAAGUGAGUUUCAAAUUUAAGGCCAAAGUAGAUAAACUGAAAGCAGAGUUGACUGGGAGAAUUAUUCCAGUUCAACAAUUUUUGACUUAAAAUUUGCAAUUCACUUUGAAUUUCCUUCACUACCCUGGGAUGUUGUGUGGCGCCUCUCAUGACGUCUUAUGAGAUACCUUUUAACUGCAGGCCCAAUAACUCUAUUCACAAAUAAGAAGGCGGCAAAGUUACAGUGCAAGAUGGCAGAAACCAGAGCUUAUAUUAAAGGACCACUUUAGUGCCAGGAAAACAAACGAGUUAGUUUUCCUGGCAUUAUACGGUCAUUAGGUCCCUCCCACUAGGCUUAAGGGGUUAAAACCUUACCUUUCUCCCUCAGCGCUGGUGAUCUUUCCUCCUCCUGCUGGCGACAGCACCGCAUGCGCGGCAAGAGCCAUGCGCUCAUUCAAACCGCCAAUAUGAAAGCAUUACUGAUUUUCACAGUGAGAAUCGCGGAAGCGCCUCUAGCGGCUGUCAGUGAGACAGCCACUAGAGGCUGGAUUAACCCUCAGUGAAACAAAGCAGCUUCUCUGAAACUGCUAUGUUUUUUCACCUGCAGGGUUAAAACUAGAGGGACCUGGCACUCAGACUACUUCAUUGAGCUGAAGUGGUCUGGGUGCCUAUAGUGGUCCUUUAACUUGGGAAGAGGCUAAUUGUGUCAGAUUUGCUUCUUGUAUAUACUUUAUAGUAGAUGAACUACUUAUCCUGUAAACCUUUGGGUUUAUUAAGUCUUUUUUUUUUUCUCCCCCAUACUUAUACAGUACCAGGUUUUAUUGCAUUAAAGAUGAAUUACUGAGUAUUAUCUCGGUUAUUCACUAAAGUGAGAAAUCAAAGUUACUUCAAAGACUGCCAUAAACGCCACUCUAGCUGAAAUGAAAACUGGCCAAGUGCUCGGCGUUGCAGACAUUAGCUCUUUGAGCGCAAUCAACUGAUGCCCUCCGCCAAUGAGCUGGCCCUGUACUACGUGGAUAAGCUGAGGAGAGCUAUUGGAAGAUGCUACCUCUCAGACCACAAGAAAAGAGGCAGUGCCUUCGCCCAGUGGAGUUCAGCUAAGAAGUUAAUCUGUUAGUGGUUUGAUUACUUACAAGGGAGGGAAUAACCAAACUGUAGUGGUUAUGGUGCUUGGGGUAUUCCUUUAAUAAAGUAAUAGAGAAAGCAUUAUAGUUAAAACCCAGUCUAAUUACUAUAUAUAUUUCUUUAGCUGUUUAGCAAGGAUCUAUUUUGUUAUAGAUUGUUAAAUAGUUUUUAACUUUUUAUAUUUAUUUAUAUAUAUAUAUUUUUUUUUUCUGCAGUGAUGAUUCUGGGAGCAACCGUCCUUAGAAAGAAAUACCCUCUAACCAAGUACCUAUGUGUGCUCCUCAUUGUCCUGGGGGUAGCGCUUUUUAUGUACAAGCCCAAGAACGCCGGUUCUUCCGGUGAUGACCAUGUCUUUGGCUACGGAGAACUGCUGCUGGUGAGUAAAGUUCUGGAUGCAAGUAGGUCAUUACGCUGCUCAGCAGGUUAAUACCUUGACUGUUUAAAAAUCAUUAGGUCAAUAUUAUUCCCUGUUGUUAGCUCUUUACCAAAAUAAACACAUCUCUGUAAGUAGCUCUCUGGGCACAAUCCCACGGCGAUCACUGAUUUCAAACUUUGUCUUUACUACUAAUGUCCUUAUGAUUGAGAUAUAUAUAUAUAUAUAUAUAUUUUCACUCUAUUUGAUCUUUAGUAAUACCCCAGACACUUUAUGGAAAAUUACAACUGAUCCUGUGUGUUUGGGGUUUUUUGGGGCAAAUUCAUCUGUACAGAUAAAGAGCAGUAAUGGUUAUGGUAUUGUUACUCUUACCAUGAAUGAGCCCCGCUUGACCUUUUGACCUUCUUAAUUACAAAAAUGAAAGGAUACAUUUCAAACAAAAAGUAACGUUUUUAAUUAUAUACUUUUUUUUUCUUUUUUAUGCCUGUUUUUUUUUUUUUUUAAGUUUAUCAAAGCAUCAUAACCAGUGCAGCUGUAGUGGUUAUAGUGCCAUGCGCAUCUAGUCAGCAAUCUCCUCUAACAAGCCAUUUUGCAAAGGCUUGUCUGUGUCCCUCUGAGCACCAUCUUCCAAGGAUAGAGACUAGGCCACAUGCAACUUCUGCAUAGCUGCAGAUGACAUAACUGGCAUUCAUUCAUUGGCUGUGAGUGUCACUUGAGCGCUAUGAGCCAAUGAAUAAGCGCUUGUGUAUGCGCAAUGCACAGAAUGGACAUUGGCAAUCCCCAAUCUCUCAUUCCAGGCUGGCUACUGAAAGCACAUAAUACGUUAAUUACACAAACCUCUUUUCUUCUUCCCUUAGCUUCUCUCUCUGACCCUUGAUGGGCUGACAGGGGUGUCUCAGGACCACAUGCGGGCGAAUUUCCAGACUGGUUCCUACCAAAUGAUGCUUCAUGUCAAUCUGUGGUCCAGCCUAAUUCUGGGAGCAGGUAAACAGAUAUGCACUAUUUGCUAAAUAAUCUCUCUGAAUACCUUUUUUUUUUUUAAAUUUUUUUUAUUUAGUGUACCUUGUCUACAUUAGUCUCCCCUGCAAGUAA